AUGGAAACUUAAAUCUCAUUAAAGAUAAAAACAUUAGAUAAUCAAAUUACUACAUUUGUUGUCGAUCCGAAUAAUACUGUAUAAUAAUUGAAAAAUGUAAUUUAAACUCAACUAAACAUCCCUUUCGAUAAGUAAAGACUGAUUUACUAAGGGAGAGUUUUAGAGAACAACAAAACUUUAUAAGAAUAUAAAUUAUAAAAUGAUCAUGUCAUUUUAUUGCCAGGUUAGCCAUUAUAAGAAGAUUAAAUAGUUUAGAAUUAAACUCAAUAAUAAUAAUAGUAGCAAUCUACAUAAGGUGUAAAUGAAUUCCCUGAAAUAGAUAUCUUGAGCAACAUACUAAGAACAUUAAGGUAGCAUUAAUAUAAUAGAUAGAAUGUAAGAAGAAUGGUUCAAUAAUAGAGGAGCAAUGGUUUCCAUCUAGACAAACAAUUGUCAUUGGAGGGUAUAAGAUAAAAUUACUAAACCCUUAAGUAGUUAUUAGAUUCCUAAGUAAAACCUGAGGAACUGAAGCAGGAAGAUUUAUAAGGUGAAUACGUGAAUCCAUUUGAUCCAAAGAAGAGGAAGUUUUAGGUUGGGUAGUGGAUUGAUGUAAAGGAUACAAUCGAUUAGUGGCUUGAAGCAUAAGUGCAAAUAGUGGAAUAGAAUAGAGUGUUUGUACAUUAUAAUGGAUGGGGUAAUAGAUGGGAUGAAUGGAUUGAUACCCAAUCUCCAAGAAUCGCUACUUUUAGAACUUAUACUGUGGGUAGUAUUAACCAAGAGUUUUUAUCACCAAACCCUGUGAGUGAUCCUGAUUGUGAAGUAGAAAAAUAAGAAAUUGAUAUGCAUAAAUUCAUUUUUGAUGUUGGACAUAUGAUGAAUUAGGUUACUCAAUUAUUAAUAGAAUUCGGAAGAUUCGAAAACAAUAAAAGGAUUGCUGAAAAAUAGAUACAAUUACAAUAACAAUACUAAUAGAUGUUAAUGAAUAAAAAUAAAGAGUAAAACACUCAAGAAAACUAUAUGGAAAUGAUGAAGAAAGAAAAAGAACUAAGUGAAUAUGAAAUUAAAUCCAGUUUGAUUGGAUCACAAUUAGCACCCAUAUUUGAUAGAAUGGGUCGAAUGAUGACAGAUAUGGCUCCUCAUUUAGCUUUGAUGGGAUCAAAAACUCAAAGGGUUAAUAAUAAUAAUUAAUAAUAACUGCUUUUUUAAGUUCCUGUAACCUUAACACCAAAUGAGAUGUACUAGUCAUAAUAAAAUGCUCCAACUCUUCAUAGUCGUCUAGAAAUAAUUAGCAAUAGACUUGCUAUACUAAGAAUGACUGAGUAUAUUCAGUAAGAAGAUAGUGAUGAUGAUCAUAUUACUAUCUGA